AUGUCGGCAAUGACCCAAUGGGACGAUGCUACUACGCGACAAUGGUUGAAUCGCUUAGGUCUUGGCCAGUAUGGACAGCAAUUCAGUAGCCAUAAUGUGCGCGGAGACGUUUUGCCAUUGCUGGAUCACGAAGCGCUUUCCGAAAUUGGUGUUCAAAGUAUUGGCCAUCGAAUCCGAAUCCUCAAGGCCAUUGGAAGUAACUGGAAAGAAAUGGACAGCCGAGACAUGCUACAAAAGAUAUCUAUGAUGGAAGGCCAGCUCCAAAAAGUGACUGAAAAAUGUGAAAAGCUCCGGACAGAUAUGAUGCCUGUGUUUCGGAUGGUUAAAGAAAACGAGCCGCUACCUUCGCUACAGAAAAAUGGGUCUUCUACAUCAAUCACGACUAUUGGCGAUCAGCCUCUGCCAGACAUGCUGAGUGCGUCACAACCGAACUUAUCGCUGCAAAAAGCCCAUAGCAUAAGUUUGGCAUCCCCAGGAAUUGGCAAGUCGAAACGAUAUUCUGCUAUCCCUGCAUUCUCCACUGCAAAGUCGCCUAACCAGGGUCUUCCUCCACUGCCGUUUGGGCGAGCCCCCUCGACCGAAGACCACAGACAGCUGCGGAAAACUGGCGGUGUCACUUUACUCACCGAGGAGCUUUCACAGAGACCUCCAAACAGUAAAGUUUCGAUGAGCACAGCAUAUGAACCUUACAAAAGCUUUCGAGUCGGUAUGGAUGACCCUUGCCAUAAGGUUUUACCUGUCGUAAUGAGACAUAACGGCAUCGUCGCUGACUCCCAUGAGUACAGGUUGGUCGUUCAGUACGGUGACCAUGAGCGUACAGUUGCCGAUCAUGAAAAGCCUCUGCAUGUCUAUAAAGAGCUACAGGACGCUGGCAAGCGCCCCGUAUUUAUGCUACGCCAUGCAGUAAAUGGAGUUGGCCAAAGUGCAUCUUCAACGCCGGGAGGGGUUUUAUAG